CUCACGUAACCCUAGAAAACAUAUUCACAUAACCAUAUUUCAUUUGUUCACUAUACACAUACACACUCUCUUCGUCGAUCUAAUCUAACCAUAUUCAAAUGGGGUUCAAAAAAAGUAUUAAUCAAUUUGUUUUUACUAUUUUGAUCCUAUUAAUAAUUCCGACUCUAAUCGCCGCUGAAUGCACAUGUGAUAAGGAAGAUGAAGAUAGAAACAAAGCCAAAGCUCUAUUUUACAAAAUAGCUGCUUUGAUAUCGAUACUAAUUGCAAGUGCAAUUGGUGUUUUCAUCCCACUUCUUGGUAAAGUGAUACCGGCAUUAAGCCCUGAAAAAAAUAUAUUCUUUGUCAUCAAAGCCUUUGCGGCCGGGGUGAUAUUAUCCACCGGUUUCAUUCAUGUUCUACCUGAUGCUUUUGAGAAUCUUACUUCUCCUUGUUUAAAUGAACAUCCUUGGGGUGAUUUUCCGUUCACCGGUUUUGUGGCUAUGUGUACCGCUAUGGGGACUCUUAUGGUUGAAACUUAUGCCACUGCUUAUUUUCAGAAUCAAUAUUCUAAAAAGGCUCCGGCACAGGGUGAGAGUCAUGUGGCGGUCUCGGACGUGGAAAAGGAAGCCGGAGAGCAUCAUGGACAUGUGAAUGUUCAUACUCAUGCAUCACAUGGUCAUGCACAUGGCCGCGUUUCUUUGGAUCAGAACUCGGAUCAGUCGUUAGAACUUCUUCGUCAUAGGGUUAUAUCAGAGGUGUUGGAGUUGGGAAUUAUUGUUCACUCUAUUAUAAUAGGAAUUUCUUUAGGUGCUUGUGAGACUCCAAAAACCAUAAGGCCACUAGUAGCUGCAUUGACUUUUCAUCAAUUUUUUGAAGGCAUGGGACUUGGAAGUUGUAUAACUCAGGCUAAUUUCAAGAAUCUAUCAAUUACACUAAGGGGAUUAUUCUUUGCUUUGACAACUCCAGCUGGGAUUGGAAUUGGUAUAGCGAUCAGUAGUGUCUAUGAUGAGAACAGUUCAACUGCCCUUAUUGUUGAAGGAAUCUUCAAUGCAGCUUCAGCUGGGAUCUUAAUCUAUAUGGCACUUGUUGAUCUUCUUGCAGCUGAUUUUAUGAAUCCAAGAAUGCAAAAGAGUGGUAGACUUAGAUUAGGAUGCAAUCUAUCUCUUCUACUAGGAGCUGGUUGUAUGUCUCUUUUGGCCAAAUGGGCUUAG